UCCCCUCGGAAUCAGCAGAAUGCAGGAGUGGAGUGACUCAUUAUACGAUAUACUAUGCUGCCACUGGAUCAACUUCUUCAAACAUUAUUUUUGUUUCUCGUGACACUAGGUCCUACUUGAUAAGAGGGUUAGAAACCUAUUUGGACUAUAUCAUCCAAAUGACUGCAUCAAAUAAAGACGAUGAGAGUGAUAGGGGCAGUGAAACUGUCAUAAAAACACUUGAAGAAGUCGCACCUGCUCCUAUCAAUGUGGCUAAUCUGCAGAGUACUGCAAGCUCCUUCACUUUGUCCUGGUCUACCCCUCUACCUUCUAACAUCAAUGGUAACAUCCAGAAGUAUAUCAUUCGCUACAAGCCAGCUGAUCCCACUGGUGAUGGUGACUAUAAGAUGGAGGAAGUACCGACCGGUGAAUUUGAAGUUGAACAUACCGUGAUGGAUCUACCCAGUGCAAUCAACUAUACAGUUCAGGUCCGAACUGUCAAUGGAGCUGGUUCUAGUAAUUGGUCCGAGCCAGUGUAUGCAAAGACCACCCUCUCAGGUACCAGGAUACCAGUAGGGGCUGUGAUAGGGGGUGUGAUUGUACCUCUCGUUAUCAUCGUAAUACUGAUAUUUACUGUGGUGAUGCUUAGAAGGAUCAAACAAAGACGUUUGAAGGAUGAACCAGCCGCAUCGCUACCAAACGCCGAACGUGAGACUUCUCCAAAGUAUGAGAACCCUGUGUUUGAUGACUCCCAGCAAGACCCCAAUAUCUACGAAGACCCGAAUGCUGACGACCAUACAUACCAAGAUCUUAAUACAGAUACACCAAACUACCAGAAUCGUAUCGACCCCAACACCUAUCAAGAUCUUAAGAAACCCACCAGCAACAUAACCUAUCGAGAUGUAACAGAAAUAUAG